AUGGAUGAUAUCACCCUUAAUGCUUGGGAUUACAUAAAGAGCACCUUUCAAUCUGUUAGUCAUGAGGAGGAUCAGAUUAUCUUCAAGCCAGCUGACAAGCAUUCUUUCUCUAUAAAUGCUACCUGGAAGGCUUUAAAUCCAGUCCUGCCUACUGUAAGUUGGUAUUCUCUUAUCUGGAGUCAGCCUAACAUCCCAAGAAAUAGUUUCAUAACCUGGUUAGCUAUUAAAAAUGGCUUGAUUACUAAGGAUAAGCUUUUUAGAUGGGGUGUCUCCCCUAAUUCUGCCUGUGCUUUCUGUAACAAUGCUAUGGAAACAGUCAGUCACUUGUUUUUUGCUUGCUCUUUCUCUAAAGAUGUGUGGAAUUCUGUCCUUAAUGCUUGCAGUAUUAAUAGAUCUGCUCUGGAUUGGAAUAGAGAAGAAAGAAAUAGAGUGGUGUUCAAAAAUGCAAGCCCGAAAGUUGAAGACGUUAUUAACAGAAUUAAAUAUGCAGUUUGUGGUAGACUUAGUAUAGCUGCAGAUUCAAGUGUAAUAGCUAGAUGGUUGUAG